AUGGCUGCAGCGUCCCUCGUCCACUCCUCUCUCUGCCGGCCGUCUUCCUUCCUCCACCAGCAGUACCACCAUCACCGCUUCCGAACGUUCGCCCUCUCCAUUCCGUUCCCUUCUUCGGGGUCUCCCGCUUCUCUUUUUUCCUCUCUUUCUUCCGGUUCUCCGCAGAAGAAAUCCAGGUGGGCGCCCGUCGCUGCCGUGCUGGAGGUUGGGGGCGUUAAGAUCGUCAAGGAAGGUGAGGCCUCCGAUCGGUUUUCGUGCUCUGCGGACCGCAUUGGCGGUUCGUCGGUCUUGAAUUUUCCUGUUUUCCUCAUUGUGGUGCGCUCUUCGGUUGGAUGGCGAUGUAGAUGUGGUGAGAGAAGAUGACCCCACGAACAACGUGCCCGAUACAAUCUUCUCCAAGCUUGGGUUGCAGCUCCACAGGAGGGAUAACCAUCCCCUGGGAAUCCUGAAGAACGCUAUCUAUGAAUACUUCGACACAAACUACUCGGGGAAGUUUGUCAAAUUCGACAAUCUUUCUCCUAUCGUUUCCACCAAGGAGGUAGAAGACGGGCUACACUGCCAUUGUUUAUGAAUUUCGUUGCUUUUUAUGGCCGUUUUCUGAAACUUUAUCUGGCAUUUAUGAAGUGGAAUGAUGUCGUCCCUUCUUCCAUAAUCGUAGCUCUUAGGGCAAGCUGGUAGUAUGGAGUAACGACCAUUCAGUAUUCAGGCCGGUGCUUUUCUCGGUGAUUCGACCUGAAUCUGUUAAUGAGAAAUUGCACUGUAUAUCAGUGUAGUUAUCCACAUAGAUCGUUUUGCCCGUCCUUUAGGGAAGAAGAAAUUGAUUUCUCUGGAUGCCAUCAGAUGGAUGGAAAUGCAGACUGUUAUUUGAAUUCAUUGUUGUGUCAUUUUGACAAGCAAAUAGAUUGGCAAAAGUGGACCAUUUUUCUUAUGAGAUUGUAAAUGAAAGACAAAAGACACAUCAAAAUUAUGCUCAUAUAGAUGAUUGUGGUGAGUGCCAUUAGGGUCUCCUCCAUUCCAACAUUUGCUCGCGGAUUGAAAAACUGAAACAUUGAUGUCCUGGCUGGUGAAGGAUUCCCAAUGGUAGCAUUAAUUGGAUUUUCAGGUUAUUUUCAUUGAAAUAUCUUUAUUUUCAUUGCAUUCUACAUUUUCUUGUUGUAUUCCUUGAUAAUUCACAGUUUUAGUUCUCUUUCGAAACCCUAUUAGACAGGGCUUGGGCUUUUAAACGAGCUAUCUUUUUCCUUGAAUGAAUUGGAUAGAGAAUUAUCGAGGUUAGUGUGGGGGGUGUAUGUGGUGAGCUAUCUUAUGAGACUUACACUACCGUCUUAGCCUUCUUGAAAUGAAUAUGAACAACCUGUAGAGAAGGGUAUGUGCUUCAUUCCCUAACAUACCAGAAUUAUUGGAAAAUCAUCAUGUCCAUGAGAAGUAUAUUGAUGUUAAUUCCUUUAACUAAUGAGAUUAGUCUCCUCAUUCUCCUAUCCCCGUGUCUCAUCCUGUCUUAAAAAACUAUAUUGUUUAAUCCUAAAGAACCCUGCCAUGUGAGCCCUGUCGUAGUUGAGUGCCUCGUAUUGGUUGGAUAUUUUUUGAGUUUGUCUUUAUGCACAUUUUUUCAGAUCUCACUCUUUACUUCGCAUCGUCUGUACUCAUUAGCUUUUAUUUUUUAAUAUGGUAUGUAAAUUAUCUUAUCUUCUGAGAAGAAAUGACCUAAAGAGAUUUUGCACCUUGCUUUCUUGUCCUUUGUUCUUCUUCAAGAUUGUUCUUCUGUUUAGUUCAACUAGUUGCAUUUUCUAUUUAUAACCAGUACAAUGUAGUCUGUUUCUAUCCUUUUAUUAUUGUGGACCAUGGAUUAGGAACUUGGAUGAAUCUCAUUUCAAUCAGCUAAUUACAUCAAUUGGCCUUUGUUAUGGCAAUUUUGGAAAUUACUUGAUCGUGACAUAUCAAACAGAAUAGAAUGCGUUUGCCAGAGUUGGUUGAUCCUCAUCUUUGCUAACAUCCACUAGUUUUCGUUAGUCUGCUAAACUGGGAGAUUCUUACUUCUCCACAGGGCCCGUUUUUAACUUUGGGAACUGACAAACUCAAUUCUAUUGCAUCUUGAAAUCCCUUUUUUGUUUCACUUUACAUUUUCACUUUUCUUUUCUUCGAUUUUGUGUUUUAAUGUGAGUUUUGCUUUUCUCUUUGUCCCGUUUCUUCUGUACCUUUUUCUAUUUUGUGCCAAAUUUUAUUUGCAGCUUAUUCUUGUACAUGGACAUCUGACCCUGUUUUGGAAGGAAAUAGGGUCUGUCAGGUACAUUUUUCUAUUAUGCACGAUUUAUUCAGUGGUCAAGAACAACAUGGUCUGAAUUACCUGAUGUCUUUUCGAGCCUCGAAUUCACUGACACUGGCUGGACUACUAGUGUAAAGUUUGGGAUUGAAUUAGCCGAUUGUCAGUUUAGCCUCAAAUUACUUGGGCAAAACACAUAGUAUAGUUUUUUUAAUACAUAGAAUAAAGUAGAUUUAGAAAUGACGAAAGUUCAAAUGUAUAUAUUGACCUUCACAAUCUCUUAGCUUAAUGAUUAAUGGCUCUCUUAACAUUCGAUCUAUGUAAGCAGCUACUCAAUGGAAUAUAUGACAGUGUCAAGAAUAACAUGUCCAAGUCCUAAUCUGUUUUUGUAUUCAGCUUCACAUUACCUUAACUCUUAGUGUAUGAAUACCUGAUAUUUUGUACAACUUUAGGGCGUUGAAGUGUAAACCAAUUGACCAACCAUUUAAGUCCCCCUCAUGGGCCUGGGAUGGAUCCAUGAUUCCUAGAAAAUAGACCUUAUUAUUAGUUUAAGGAGAGAAUAAAAUAUUAUGCAGACAUCUCCUAGAUCCCAAAGUGGUCAUUUAUCAUUAUAUUGAGCUAUGCCUAAUCAUCAUGGUUGAGUGUUGUGAAUUCUUGACCACCCAUUCCAAGAAGACUUGUUUAGGCUUCCACUUGAAGUUCAGGGUUCAGGAUACUAAUAUCUGAUGUCUUCUAAAUGAUCUUGUGGUUUCGUUACACUAAUUGCAGAUGAAUGUUUCGUCCUGUGUUGUUGUGUUACUGGGAUGGAGAUCACACUUUAUAAUGGAAGUGUCAUGAUUACAUCAUGUUUAUGAUCACAUGCAAUUUUCAACAAUUUUUUUGUCCGAUUGUGUGAUUCUUUGUUUGGUAAAUGUAAUAUUUUAUUUGCCGCUGUUCUGUGUAACGCAUGACAACUUCCACAGUUAAUUGAGAGGACGGGACAGAGUGAUGAUGUAGUCAAAUCAAAUUUCGUCUUGGAUUCUAUUAUCCUUUCAUUUCCUCCCUGAACAUAAAUAAUUUCUAUAUCUAUAUGGCUAAACAAUUUAAAAUUUGCGGAAAUCCUUUUUCCUGAUCGCCUGAUACUGAUUACACGUAAUUGAUGCUGAUUCAGAGGCAUCCAAAAAUGGAUAUCUCUUAAUAGAGUCCAUUUUUCUGAUGGAGUCUGUUCUUUAAAGAAGAAGACUGAAGUACAACUUUAUCCAUUUUCGCAAAUUUUAUUGAAGUGAGCCUAAAAAAGGUCACAGAAUGAUACUUCACCAUGGUUUUUUCUUGACAUUAUCUUAAUACCGGUCAGUGACUAAUGGAUUUUUUUUUAAUGUUUGGUCCACUCUUAUCUUAGAGUUGCCAAUCUUGUAACGUCACUAACUUGCCAUUGAAUCCAGUAAACAUGAUACUUUGUAGAUGAUGGACUAGAACUCUUGUAGCAAGUCCAGGUGCUUGAUAUAUGGGUUUGAGAAUGAUUCUCGUGCCCUACAUGCACAUAGAUUCAGAAAUUAUGCAUCCGAUCUUUGCUAUUUUCUGAUUAUAGCUUUUGAACUCUGGAUUCUCGUGCUCUGAUUAUAACAAGUCAAUUCUGUUUUGACAGUCCAUCGCUUCCUAUCUUUAUUUUUAGUUGAAUAUUCUCUAGUGACUGACCUGGAAGCCCAUUCAUCUCUAAUUUGACCUUGAUAUCUAUCCGACAGGUGGUAUGUGUAAAAUUAGAAGGGAUUAUAAUGUCGAGGACUUUAUAUAUAAUGGUUUGUGAUUGUUGGGUCUCUCCUGAAUAAAGUAUUUAUUUACUGUAACUUAUUGCGUUUAUAAUUUUCCUUCCGUGUGAGACAUUUAGAUAUUUCAUGAAUUCAGCUCUUCCUGGUUAUCAUCUUCAUUCAGUGAAUUGUAAUGCCUGCAGAAUUUUGAUGAUGUCUUGGUUCCUGCUGAUCAUGUGAGCAGGAGCUACAAUGAUACAUACUAUGUCAAUGCUAACACUGUUUUAAGAUGCCACACAAGUGCUCACCAGGUUGAGCUAUUGAGACAAGGACAUAAUCAAUUUCUUGUUACUGGUGAUGUCUACCGUAGAGAUUCCAUUGACGCUACUCACUAUCCAGUAUUCCAUCAGGUAAGAUUAUGUCUUGCAGUUAAUUUCCAUGAUCAUCAUUCUAUAUUCUUUUAUUUAGUUUCCUGUUGCUAUAUAACAUGCAGAUGGAAGGUGUUCGUGUUUUCUCUCCUGAUGAAUGGCAGGCAUCGGGGUUGGAUGCCACGUCAUAUGCUGCUAUGGAUCUAAAAAAGUCUCUGGAGGGUCUAGCAUGCCAUUUAUUUGGUAAUAGCUAUAUUGUUUCUGCACGUGCUUUCUUUUUUAUUUGGUUCUGUAGAGUACCUAAUUGGUUGAUCUUGGUAAAAUGCAAUAUUCAUUGACAUGCAGCAGUCUGCUCAAAACGAGAAUUUGCUGUCUGUAGGUGAUGUUGAGAUGCGCUGGGUCGAUACGUAUUUUCCAUUUACUAAUCCGUCAUUUGAAUUGGAGAUAUAUUUUCAGGUUUUUUUCACGAACUCUAUAUCAUUGCUUAUCCUGUUUUGCAUGCUGUUUACCUGAUCAUUUAUGCAUUUUAGAUGUUCGUUGUUUUCCUUCAAAGAAUAUUGAUGUAAAUGCAGAAAAAACUCCCAAGUCCGGCAUUUUGCACAUGAUCAGUCAUUAGCUGUAACCUUACAAUUGUGGACAGGAUAAUAGUCAGUCACAUGCAGUUAAACCUUUUAUCAGUAUUUCAAAGCAGUGAGUAUGAUGGUAACCCGUAUUAAAUUCAUGUUACUAUUACAACACUCUGGCAGAAAGAAAUAACUUAUAUUGUUGAGAUAGUAAUAUUGGAGACUGUUACUGGUAAUGCUGUGGUGCAUAUGUGACCUGGUUCGGGUAGAGCAGUGCUUUAACAUAGCUUUCCAAUGACAUCUAUAAUUUGUUGGGUUUUUGCCGGUUUAUAUCCUUCUGAACGUGAUAGUUUGAUUUGUGAUGGUAUUUACAGACGUUGCCCUCUACUUUCCAUCGACCACUGUGUGAGUGAAGGAUGCCUCUUGAGCUCUUCUGCAGAAUUUUGGGGAUAUCAAAAGUCGCUCUGAAGACUACUUGGGCUUUCAUUAUGAGAAAUCUUGAAAUUUACCGACAUAUAGUUAUGGGAUAUAAUUGAGGUCGGAAGAAAAAACAAGAGCAAAAGAAGAGGCAACACUUCAACUUAUGGUGGGGUUUGUCAGAAAAUAAACUUUAGCUGGCUCAAUCAAAAGUCAACUCUGAAAUCAGUAUCUGAAAAAACCUGAGUUAUCAAGUUCUGGAUUUAAAGACUGAUCUUUUUUGUGUCACUACUAAUGUAUGAAAAUUUAAGUCUUUUUAAAAUAACCAAGCUCAAUGGAUCAUUAAUCUUUUCCUCUCUUCAUUGGAUAUCAAUAAAAUAUUUAACACAUUAUAAAUUGGAUAUUUAAAAAAUAAGAAAUGAUCCCUCCUGAAAGUAUCGCAUUCUGCCAAAAAAGGUUCACCAUUAGGAGGAUCAAUGCGGAGCAUUAUAGAGUUCUGCAUCAAAUGGAAUUUAUGCUAUGAUACAUUGACCCAGUCCAAAUGCCCAAAAAUAUACAUUUGUUUGAUUAAUGUGCCUGUCCAAAACUAAUCACCAUAUUAUUUAAUUCUGGCCGGAACUAAACUCCUUCAUAGCUAGUGGGUCGUUUAGUCAAUGCUAUUAGUUUUUCCUUCACUACCUUCAUUGGUUUUCUAUCUAUUUUCUUAAAUAGAUCUUAGCUGUUGAUCUUAACAUUAUUUCAGGAGAAGUGGAUGGAAGUCUUGGGAUGUGGAGUGACUGAACAGGAGAUAUUAAAGAGAAGUGAUAGAAUGGAUAAUGUUGCUUGGGCAUUCGGACUUGGCCUGGAGCGGCUGGCAAUGGUUCUCUUUGAAAUUCCAGACAUUCGGCUUUUCUGGUCAACUGAUGAACGGUUUACCUCUCAAGUAUGUUUUACUUUGCAUCUAUUCAUUUAUUUGUUUGUACACUUAACUUUGAAGAUGAAGGCCCUAUUAAUGAUUUUCAAUACACAUCUUGUUGACCUGCCAAUGUUUGAUGAAACAGAUGUUCACAAUUUUCAUUUUCUUGUAAAGCUCUUUUUUCAAUAACGUCUAUUAAGAGGGAAAUGAUGGGCCUGGACAGUACAUCUAGAUGCGAUCUUAUGGUCGAGCUUCUUGAUAUUCAAUCUCAGUAGUUCUGGCUAGUGCAUACCUACAGUCGCACGAGGCCAACAUUGUGAUGUCUGUCGAGUGUUAAUGUGCAAAUGAAAGUGAUUCUCAGAAGCAUUCUCUCAAGUUAGCGUACAAACGACCCCUCUCGUGCAUGAUUGAAAAUUUAUGUAAACAUUCAUGUCACGCUUCUGCAAAAUUAUCUUUUAAGCAGAUACAUUGAUGGUUAUCUCCCUUUAGGCCAUUAGGUUCUAAUUAUUUCCAUGGAGUAUGCUGUCGUGUUAAGUGCUCCAACGUAAACAAUGCAUUUUUUUUACCUGAACUCUGAUUUGGUUCUUUCUUACAGUUCUCUGAAGGUCAGCUUGGUGCCAAGUUUAAGCCGUUUUCGAAGGUAUGAGUACAUUCUGCACCUGCGCUUAUUCUAACCCUGCAGAUGAAAAUGAUAAACGGCUUUCUAUAAAUUGGGUUACAUUUGCAAUGGCAAACACGAAAGGGUCUCUGUAUCGGUAGUGAUUAUUGUGUGUCAAAUGUGUUCACGAGCACAGUUAAGAUUAUUUUUUGUUUGCAUCUCGAAACAGACUUAGAUGGUGCUUGAAAUUGAUAUUUCUGUUGAUUAUAAUGGAAUUUUUAUGGUUUAUUCACCGUUGGUUUCUAAAUUGUAGUAAAAUUAUUAUGCUUAGGCGUGUGUCUUUUUAUAAGCCAUCCUGUGGACUGCGUCUAACCUCUUGAUAUCUUGGAUCGUAAUCUCCAGGCUGAUAUAAGUAAUCUUGAAUUAUCCAGAAGCUGUAAAUCAUGCUUUAUCUGACAAGUGGCUAUUGGAACAUGGAUAACAAUGAAAUUUAUUUUUGGUUAUAAUGCUGAACAUGCUCAGUAAAGGCAGGAAGAUUACUCACCCAUCACUUGUGAUUGUCUCUGGUCAAUCUCAAUGUCUGUGUCAUCUGUAGUGACAUUAUUGCUUAUAAUCCUGUCUUCCGUUCUUUUUAGAUUCGAUUGACAAAGAAUAUGACGAUGCUUGUGAAAUUGAUGUACAAAAUAUACGUCUCAAGUAGUUUAAGAUCCGACAUAAAUUUAAUUUCAUAAUGCUUAACAUUAUACAAAUGAAGUAUAAUAGGUGACAAUCACGUGUACAUAUUAUUAUCAUGCAUUGAUUGAAGUAUAAUAGUCUGUGAAACCCUAACUUUCUUGUUGUAGACAGACGUGCGAUGCAUAGUUGCCACAACACUAUUUUGAAGACUGCAUUACUAGUUAACUAAUUCAUCUUAAAGUAAAAUCGAAUAAUUUCAUCUUCUCAUUUACCAAAGGGGUAGAUAAGUUAGAUAAGUAAGUGAAAUAAAAUGUUUUUCCUAUUUUUGUUCAGAAGCUAGUUUGAUUGAGCCACAGGUCGGAUUCAAAUAUUGGAUUCAUGUUGUUACUGAACAUGUUGGAAGACGCGAUGGAAAGUUCAGUUUUACCAAUCUUUUCAAAUGACCCUUGUGACAACCGAUUGCGUACGUUUUUCAGCGCACUAAUAAUCCCAACCCCUACUAGGAGGUGAAUAAUCACAGAUGUUCCUCUGGUAUUUAAUUGAUAGCUGAACAAAGUAUUGUUCAUAAAUCUAUGAUUUCUGGGAGUUAGAGUUCCCUAAGCUAACCUAUCGCUAGGGGAUGAGUGUAUAAUUACAUUGAAGCAGUAAAUAAUGAAGUAGUUUUUAAAAUCUGUUAUGGGUAAAUAAAUUUUUGAGCUGAUUUCUUAGUAUGCCAUAAUUACGAUCAUGUACGUCAAGUGAUUUCUUAGUAGUCCAUGAUGCUUUCUAAAAAUUGAGAAGAAUUUCAUUAUGUUCAUAACCUUCUUCGAAGUUCUGAAGGCCCAUUAGAAACUGUCACCGAAACCUCAAGGAGAGCUAUCUUUUUGCAGUUUCCUCCUUGUUACAAAGAUGUUAGUUUUUGGAUCAGCGAUUCAUUCACCGAGAACAAUUUAUGUGAAGUCGUCAGAGGAAUUGCUGGGGACCUAGUAGAGGAGGUACUGCACGCACUACUUUGCUUGGUUGUUUUCAUUUCACAAUUAUUCUUAUUUUAAUUCAAUCAAAUCACCGAUUUAUGCAACUUGAAAAACCUUUUGAUGGCAUCAUAGCAUGCUGUUUUAUGGUAAACAGAAAAUUACCAGCUUUGCAUUCCGAUUGUCGAGAUGAUGCUCAUUCCAUAAAUUUCUAAUUGAAUCUGCGAGAGGAAAAUGAUUGCAAACUUGUUUCGUACCAUUAAAAUAAAAUGAUCUAUCCAAUUGAGUUUCUUAAAUUUGGUGAUUACAUGUGUAUCCUUUGAGCAUAUUAGUUGUUAUUUCCAUGUCAGGUUUGCAUACAAGAAGGAAAAAAAUACUGUUUAAGAAAAAAAAAAAUCCAUGGAUAAAAGGCUUAUGUUUUAUCGUUUUUUUUUUCGUUUGUGUUUUCCGGUAUGUAUUUGAUAACAGCUUUCAAGUUCCCAAAUUUUUUUCUUCAUGAACUUUCACUUAGUCCCGAGCAUGGAUAUGACUUUGCAUGUAGGAUAGAGAAGGUACUUGGAAGAGUUAACAGGUCAGUCGAGGUCCUCCUGUAUACUGCAAUGAACAAAGGGAUAAUUGGGUGAUCCAUUAAUGGAUGCUAGAAUAUGAAUAAAGAGUAAAAGGAUCGGAAUAAAUGCAGGGGAUAGUACAGAAUUACUCUGGGAGAGAUGGGGUACCGAAAUGGUGGUAGUCUUCAUCUAAUCUUCUUUUGUUUUUUAAUAUAGGUGGCUUUGUCCUCAAAAUCUUUGAUAAACCGCAUAUUUUCCAAGCAUCCUAGAAGCAGCAUUUCGGCUUGAUGAUUCUUUGAUUAGGAAUCCUGAAUGAUUUCUUACUAAUUCUGAGAUCAAUCGGGAUCAUGAAUUUUAUGUAGAAGAUACCUGGUUGUGUAAGACAACCUGCUUAUAUAGGUCUACUACAUUAGUCACUAUGUACCUCAGGAUCUGCCCUUUUUGUCACUUGAAUUUAAUGUCUGGUAUUUUGCAAAGGUAUCAGUCUGUUCACAUAUAAGGACGUAUAUGUAUGCACAUAUAUAGCCAUCUCUUCAUGUAUAGAUAAUGAAUGCCGAUCGAAGGAAAAAGAGUAUUUUUUCCUUGAUCAGAAUGACAACAUGAACCCAUUUUCAAAGUAAUAAACCCUGGGCUUGGCAGAUCCCCAGGCCCUUCACCAUUUGGCCUCUAAACUUAUUGGGCUCUACAUCCUGAGACGAACUUGAUCGCUCAUGGCAAACUACGCCGUAUGUUUUUGUUUUCCAGAGAAUUCAGUCAGUCGGAUUCCUAACUGCUGUCAUUUACUUUCAGGUCCAGCUGAUCGACAAUUUUACCAACAAGAAGGGAAUGACUAGUCACUGCUACAGAAUUGCUUAUCGGUCAACGGAACGUUCACUCACAGAUGAAGAGAUAAACCAGUUGCAGGUAGAGGCAUCUCCUCUGGGUCCUCCAAUGGCCUCUGAGCCGUUUCUGAUCUCAGAAUAAUUAAUGUCUCAACGUGUAUUAUUUGUUCUUGUGCAGUGGAAUGUCAGAGAAGCUAUGCAGAGCAAGCUGAAUGUUGUACUCAGAUAG